ACCAAUGUUCCAGAUGAUUGGAGCUACGAAGAAAUGCGGAGCACGUUUUUGAAAUUCGACCAAGUUUAUGACAUCUAUUCUCCAAAUAGAAGAAGUAGGAAUGGGAGUAGAUUCGGCUUUGUGAGAUUUUUGGGGGUGACAGACAAGAAGGAACUAGAAAGAAAGAUGGAUCAGAUUUGGGUAGGAGAUCAAAAAUUGUGAGUGAAUAUGCCAAGGUAUGAUUCUGAGAAGAAAGAAGUUGGGGUGAAAAGAAAAAGUAGCGGAAUGAUGAUUGUAGCCCAGAAUAGAAGUUAUGCUAAGGUGGUGAAAGGAACACAAGAGAAGGAUAUGGCAGGGGAUCAGAGCAUACAGAGCAUGGUUGUCCAAAAUAGAAAUAGAAGAAAUGACAAAGAAAUUAAGAAGCAUGCGGGGCAAGACAAGCAAGGGAGAUACAGAGAUAGAAGUAGACACGAGCACCGGCAAACGAAAAAUAGGAAAAUGUGGAAAGAAAAAGGAAAGGGAGAAAACUGGGCAGGUAUGGAGUUCAACAUCAAACCUGAAGAGUAUGCUUGGCUCGAAGGCAGCUAUGUCGAAAUAGUGCAUUCCAUGGAGAUGGUACGCAAUUUACAAGAAAAAUUCUAUAUGGAGGGGCACUUUUCUUGUCAAAUUCGAGCAAUGGGAGGCAAAAUGGUUCUGUUAACAGGUCAAGACAAGGAGGAAGUGAAGGAGUUGGUUGAAAUGGCAUCAGAUUGGCUAAGGCAAUGGUUUGAAGAGAGUCGAAGAUGCAGGAUGAAGAAGAUGAAAGGAGGAACGAGGAGGGCAUUGAAGAAACAAUGGCAAACCCAACUCGCAAAGGAGAUAUGGGACUUGGUGACGCAGCUUGGAGCGAUGGCGGAGAAUGACAAUGAGGAUAUGGAUUGGGUUGCAAAGUCUUCUAAUGGCAUGUCUGGAGGUUUGAUAUGUGUCUUGGAUACUAAAAUAUUGAAGAAGAAGGAGACUAUAGAGGGUGAUGAUUUUAUAAGGGUGUUUGGACUAUGGGGAUUAAAGGAGAUACCGGUAUACAUAAUAAACAUUUAUUCUCCAUGUCAACUUACAAGCAAAAGAGCCUUAUGGGAGGAGCUGCAAGGUCUAAUUAAUAAUAGAAGGGGGAUGUGGUACUUAGCAGGGGAUUUUAAUGCUGCAAGGAAGGCCAAGGAAAGAGCAGGAUGUAAGGUGGUGUCCAAUGAAAUGAGGGAAUUUGAUGCUUUCAUCCAUAACACUGAUUUGUUUGACUUGCCGUUGAUAGGGAGAAAAUACACUUGGUAUUAUUCAAAUGGGCAACAAAUGAGCAAGAUUGAUAGAUUUUUGUUUUCUGAAGAAUGGAUGUCAAAGUGGAGUGAAAUGAAAUAGUGGGGAUUGAAGAGGUCUAUAUUGGAUCACUGCCCUAUAGUGCUAAAAAAUGAGCAGGUUGAUUGGGGUCCAAAACCGUUCAGAUUUUUUGAUGCUUGGUGUCAUAACUCAAAUUUUAGUAAAAUUUUAUUUUAUUU